GAUAAAGUAGCCAAUAUUUGGUGCAGUCUAAGUGUCCUCAUAAAGAUAAAGAAUAUAGUAUCACCUCAAACUCAACUAAAACUCAGUUUUGCUGUAACAUUCCUGAGCUUGCUUCCUACCUGUAUAAAACUAACUGUCCAGCCUUCUCUCCGAGGAUUUAAAUUUGCUUUGGUUAGUUGUGCGUUGUCAUUUUUCCUGUUCUCCUUUCAAGUACAUGAAAAAUCUAUUCUUCUAGUGUCAGUACCAGUCUGCUUAAUCAUCAACGAAAUCCCUUUUAUGGCUACGUGGUUUUUACUUGUAUCAACUUUCAGCAUGUUGCCUCUUCUCCUGAAAGAUGGCCUGCUGCUGGCCUACGCUGCGACAACGCUGUCAUUCCUGUCAGUCUGCACGGCUUCCUUUUCCAUAUUUGAGAAGACUUCGGCAGAGGACCUGCAGCUGAAACCAUUCUCCCUUUCCCUGAAGGGUUACGUUUCUUGGUUUAAGUCAUUUCCCAAGAUUGUCAGGAGCCUGUUUCUUCUUUCCGUAACCCUGAUGGGCGUCCUGUCUCUAAUGAGUGCUGCAGUGCCUCCUCCACAGAGGUUACCGGAUUUAUUCCCUGUAUCUGUGUCCGUUAUUUCUUGCUUACACUUUUUAUUAUUUUGGGUGUAUUUUAAUGUUGUUGUACUCUGGGACUCAAAGAAUAGUAGAAGUCAGAAGAAAAUCAGUUAA